AUGUCUUCAUCUACGUCAUGUAUUAAAUGCUUCAUUUUAUCUCCAUUAAAAAUGCAAGUCAGAAAUAUUCAGAACAUAGCACCGAGUCUAACUGACAAGAGUAUAAAGAUAUACUAUGAACACGUUAUGAUGAAACCAACCAAAAUUCAAGAAAGUCAGUAUACUUAUGAAUAUCCAAGACACUGGGUAGAGUAUGUAGGAGGUGAGAAAGCUAUUGAAAUCAGACAGGUUCGAAGUAUUCCAGCAGGAAGAACAAUAUUAUUGAAGAACUUUAAUGUUUUGAGGUAUAAUGAUGAAACAAAGAAGCAAGAUAGUUUUCCUGUUGCUGUGUAUGUGAACCUAGACACAGGAGAUGACAUGAAAGUUUUUAACACAAAGCUUCAAACGGUAGUGAGAGAACAACUGACUGCGGAAGGGCAUCCAUUACCUUCAGAAGUUACCAUAGCAUAUAAUUUUGAAACAAACUCAAUAGAUUUUAAAGUCGUCUCUGCAAAGAAGUCAGGUUUUACAUUUAAUGAAGCAGAUGUAUAUUCGAAUGAAAACUUCAAAGCUAUUGCAUGGUUAG